UCCUAAACUGGCGUGGUGCCCCUCUCUUUUCCGAACCAGUACAAAUACAAACAACCAAAAAUAGGCCUGGCCCGCAACGGUAUAUAACAGGGCCAAUUCCAGAUCUGCUGCCUACCCUCGUUACUAUAUACAUUCUGCCGGAUCGCCAUCCUCCUGCCCACCGCCAAACGUGACGUGACCUUUCUCACCUCCACCUGAACACGCAUCCUCUCGCAAACCCGAAGAAGAAUUUUCUGCACACUCCAUUGAUCCCAGAAUCAUCCCAAUAGUCGAAUAUGUGUGGUAUUUUUGGUUACGUAAACUUCCUUGUCGAUAGAACCAGAGGUGAAAUCAUCGACAACCUUAUCGAAGGUCUCCAGAGAUUGGAGUACAGAGGUUACGACUCUGCCGGCUUGGCUCUUGACGGAGACAAGGCAGGCGAGUCCAUCAUUGUCAAGACCACCGGUAAGGUCAAGGUGUUGAAGCAAAAGAUCGUCGACCAGCAGGUCGACAGAAACACCGUGUUCGAAAACCACGUCGGCAUUGCCCACACCAGAUGGGCCACCCACGGUCAACCAAUGCUCGAAAACUGCCAUCCUCACAGAUCCGACCCCAACAGCGAGUUCGUGGUGGUCCACAACGGUAUCAUCACCAACUACAGACCAUUGAAGACUUUGUUGCAAUCCAAGGGAAUGAAGUUCGAGUCCGAAACCGAUACCGAGUGUAUUGCCAAGUUGUUCAAGCACGUCUACGACACCAAUGCCGCCGCAGGCGUCGAUCUCGAUUUGUGCCAAUUGACCAAACAGGUCUUGUACGAAUUGGAGGGUUCCUACGGUAUCUUGGUCAAGUCCACCCACUACCCCGGCGAAGUCUGUGCCACCAGAAAGGGUUCCCCAUUGUUGGUCGGUGUCAAGACCGAAAAGAAGUUGAAGGUCGAUUUCGUCGAUGUCGAAUUCCCUGAACAAAACUCGGAACCUGCCAACAACCAAGACUUGAACUUGUUGCAAAAGGGCAACAACUUGAGAACCGCUCAAUCCAGAGCUUUCUUGGCCGACGACGGUGUUCCAAUGCCAGUCGAGUUCUUCUUGUCUUCAGACCCAGCCUCCGUGAUCCAACACACCAAGAAGGUCUUGUUCUUGGAAGACAACGAUUUUGCUCACAUCUACGAUGGUGAGUUACAUAUCCACAGAUCCAAGAGAAGCGAGGGUGACACCACCACCAGACAAAUCCAAACCUUGGAAAUGGAAUUGAACGAAAUUAUGAAGGGUCCAUACAAGCACUUUAUGCAAAAGGAAAUCUUCGAACAACCAGACUCCACCUUCAACACCAUGAGAGGUAGAAUUGACUUCGAAAACAACAAAAUCAACUUGGGUGGUUUAAGAUCCUGGUUGCCAACCAUCAGAAGAUGUAGAAGAAUCAUCAUGAUUGCUUGUGGUACUUCAUACCACUCUUGUUUGGCCACAAGAUCCAUUUUCGAAGAACUUACUGAAAUUCCAGUCAGUGUUGAAUUGGCUUCUGAUUUCCUUGACAGAAAGUCUCCUGUUUUCAGAGAUGACACUUGUGUUUUCGUUUCUCAAUCGGGUGAAACCGCCGAUUCUCUCUUGGCCUUGCAAUACUGUUUGGAAAGAGGUGCCUUGACCGUGGGUAUUGUUAACUCUGUUGGUUCAUCUAUCUCUAGAACCACUCACUGUGGUGUUCACAUCAAUGCCGGUCCUGAAAUCGGUGUUGCCUCCACCAAGGCCUACACUUCUCAAUUCAUUGCUUUGGUCAUGUUUGCCCUUUCUUUAUCCAACGAUUCUAUUUCAAGAAUUGAUAGACACAAGGAAAUUAUCCAAGGUUUGCAAAAGAUCCCAGAACAAAUUAAGAAGGUUUUGAACUUAGAAGACAAGAUCAAGGACUUGUGUGACAAGGCUUUGAACUCGCAAAAGUCUUUGUUAUUGUUGGGUAGAGGAUAUCAACAUGCCACUGCUUUGGAGGGUGCUUUGAAGAUCAAGGAAAUUUCUUACAUGCAUUCUGAAGGUGUUUUGGCCGGUGAAUUGAAGCACGGUGUCUUGGCUUUGGUUGACGACAAAUUGCCAAUCAUUGCUUUUGCUACUAAGGACUCUUUGUUCCCCAAAACUAUGUCUGCUAUUGAGCAAGUCACCGCUAGAGACGGUAGACCAAUUGUUAUCUGUAACGAAGGUGACGAAAUCAUUGCUUCUGACAAGGUCAUGGCCACUUUGGAAGUGCCAGAGACCGUGGAUUGUUUGCAAGGUUUGUUGAACGUUAUUCCAUUGCAAUUAAUGAGUUACUGGUUAGCUGUCAACAGAGGUAUUGAUGUGGAUUUCCCCCGUAACUUGGCUAAGUCUGUUACUGUUGAAUAGAUAGAUCACGAUACCCUAUUGAUACACACUAAUCGGUGUAUUACUUGUUACGAUAUACUCUUUAUAUACAUAUAUAAAUACGAUUUGUCAAUGGCUUCAACUAUAUCAGGCUGACACUGGUGUUGUCGCUGCACAAGCGACAUUGCUUAAUAUAUUAAUAUUUACCUCGACGCAAUUCAUAUGGGUGAUAUUGAGGGGCCAUGCGCGUUCAGGUACAUCAAUGUGUGCCUGACCAGGACCCUGCGAUGACUCGCUUAGCUCCACUCAUCUUCUCUUGAAGUAGUCCGACGAGCCAAAAUAAGCAGCACUGUAGUCAAA